AUGUCUCUAAAAGCAGUGUGUGUUAUGAUUGGUGAGGUGGUGAACGGAUUAAUCCGUUUUUAUCAAGAGAAAGAAGGUGCGCCCGUUGAAAUAACUGGUGAAAUUAAAGGCUUGGACAAGGGAAAACAUGGCUUUCAUGUUCACGAGUUUGGCGAUAUUUCCGAUGGAUGCACAAGUGCUGGACCACAUUACAAUCCUUUAGCAAAGGACCAUGGAGGACCAGAUGAUGCAGACCGACACAUUGGUGACCUUGGAAAUGUUACAGCAGAUGAAGAUGGUGUAGCUAAAGUGUGCAUAUCUGACAAGCUAAUCUCUCUGACAGGGAAACACAGCAUUAUUGGAAGAACUUUAGUGGUCCAUGCAGAUCCUGACGAUCUUGGGAAAGGUGGUCAUCCUCUAAGCAGAACUACAGGCAAUUCUGGAGCCCGAGUGGCAUGUGGAAUUAUUGGCUUAGCCAAAUAAAUGUAAUUUUUAUUUUACUGAAAUAAUGCUGUCUUGCUAAAUAAGUGUAAUGUUACAGUUCCUCAAAUAAAUAAGAACAACUUU